UACUCUGUCAUGCGUAUUACAUUUUCCCCCAACUUCCUGUCAUACGCCAUAUUGACGAGGCCUCAAGACCUAAGAAGAUGUUUUCUCGGCUCGCACGUCAACCUCUGAUUAUCAGCAUUGCCAAGAAUGCUUUUUCAACGAGUGCAAAGACCGACGCAAAAGUUGCAGUUCUUGGGGCCAGUGGUGGCAUUGGUCAGCCACUGUCACUGCUCUUAAAGGAGUCUCCACUUGUUACUCAGCUAUCAUUGUAUGAUAUUGCUCAUACUCCUGGAGUAGCAGCUGAUCUAAGUCACAUCGAGACAAAAGCUAAAGUUAAAGGCUUCCUUGGGCCAGAUCAACUCAAGGAAUGUGUGAGUGGUGCCCAACUGGUGCUCAUUCCUGCUGGAGUUCCAAGGAAACCAGGAAUGACAAGAGAUGACCUCUUCAACACAAAUGCUUCCAUUGUUAGAGACUUGGCUGAAGUUUGUGCCCAAGUUUGUCCAAAAGCAAUCAUGGGAAUCGUCACAAAUCCUGUUAACUCUACCGUACCUAUUGUAUCUGAAGUAUUUAAGAGGAGAGGAGUAUACGACCCUAAUAGAAUUUUCGGUGUUACAACUCUUGAUGUUGUCCGAGCAAAUACAUUCAUUGCAGAAGCAAAGGGUCUUGAUGUGGCAAAAGUGAACGUCCCUGUCAUUGGCGGCCAUGCUGGAGCAACCAUCAUCCCAAUCAUCUCACAGUGCACUCCCCCAGUGUCUUUCCCUGCAGAAGAGCGUAACAAAAUGACAACGAGAAUUCAGAAUGCAGGAACUGAAGUUGUGGAAGCUAAAGCUGGAGCUGGAUCAGCCACCUUGUCUAUGGCGUAUGCUGCAGCUCAGUUUGGGUUCUCGGUGCUGGAGGCUCUAGGUGGUAUGGAGGGCAAGGUGGAGUGUGCCUACAUUCGAUCAGACGAGACAGAAGCCAAAUACUUUGCAACACCAAUUUUGCUAGGGAAAGAAGGCGUAGAGAAGAACCUUGGAAUGGGCAAAUUGUUGGAGUAUGAAAUUGGUCUUCUUAAGGCAGCUCUGCCAGAACUACAAGCCAGCAUACAGAAGGGAGAGGACUUUGUGCUCAAGGGGUAGAAACCCGGUGUGCUUAAACAAGACAAUACUGCCUGUCUACUCAGUCUAUUCUGAAGGUUGGAAUUAAGGGUUGUCUGUACAAUUUGAGAUGCUCUUAUUAUGUAUCCAGACAAGAAUGUACCUAAAUUUUAUUAUUUGUUGGCUGUGUGCAUAAACGAGCAUUUUACAUAAACGUCCAUCCAGAAUAGUUUGAGUUGUGUGGUCGAGAUAUCAUCUUGGUUCGUGUAAUCAAAGUGAAGUAUCGGGUUCGUCAUUUAGUGCAUAAUCAUAUGCAGUGGAACAGACGACAUCGAGUAAUGCUUGUGAAGUGUUUCGAUGUGGAGGCCUGACGGGGGCAUUUGCCUAGUGCAAGUGCCAUACAUUACUUUCCCAACAUGUUUUGUAGGUGUGGACUUACUUGUCGCUCUUCGUCAGCAUCAAUAGUGCUAUUUCCCAUCCUGUAUGUGAGAGACUCAGACUUGUUGAUAUGUAGUCAUUGCUGGUUUAUUAAAGAAUAAUAUAUA